AUAGCAAGAAACAAGAUGGGUUCGCAGUAGUUCUGUUUAAAAUGGAACAUCCAUCAGUCGAAUAUGCUGACGGUGUUCGAGCAACUCCUAUCGAACGGAGCCCUCGUCGACGUCACGUUAGCCUGUGAGGGCCUCAGCCUCAAGGCGCACAAGAUGGUUUUGUCAGCGUGCAGCCCCUUCUUCCAGGCGUUAUUCGUCGAAAACCCAUGCAAACACCCCAUUGUAAUUUUAAAAGACAUACGAUAUGUGGACUUGAAAGCUAUCGUCGAGUUCAUGUACCGUGGCGAGGUGAACGUCUCGCAGGACCAACUUUCCGCCCUACUCAAAACGGCAGAGACUCUGAAAGUCAAGGGACUCGCGGAGGUCACCGGCGAGAACAGGCAAGGUCUAGUUCCUAUUGGCACGACAGCGACGGAGGCAGACGCGAAAGGAUCGACGCCUCGGGCGGAAAGCCCGCCUUUGUCAAAACGAAAAAGAGGACGACCAAGACGGCGUUCGCCCAGCGACUCCAACAAGAGCGACUCCGAGGACCAUGGCGGCAGUGCUGUGAAGCGUGUGAAGGGGGCUCCGGGAAGCCCCGAAAUCAUCGAGGACGGAAGUUUGUCUAGUGAUCGGUUAGCGGUGCCUUCUCCGGCCAAGAUUCCGGCGACGACUAAUAAGGUGUUAAACGCGACGGCGGCAGUGUCGACGACGCGGGAGGACUCUGUGCCUGCGGACGAUGUGGGUUCACCCGAUGACGCCGACUUUGAGGUUGACGCCUCUAAUCUCAUGGAGCAGUCUACGACGACGGAAAAUGUUCCCAUGUUUUCUGAAGUCGCAUCAUCGUCACAACUACAAGAGUCACAAACGCAUCACGUCCGGGUCACCAAGUCUGUGGAUAGCAGAUAA